AUGACGGCAACGAUUGCGCUUGUUGGUACGCUUGAUACAAAAGGUGCCGAAUAUGAAUUUAUUCGUCAACAAAUCGAUAAUAUCGGCUCAUGCUCAGUUGUAUUAAUUGAUAUUGGACUUCAGUCAAAUGAAAAAUGCUCGUCGAUAGCAGAUAUUUCGUCGCAAAUAAUAUGUGAAGCUGGUGGUGGUGAUUAUAAAGCAAUAGUAGAACACAAAUUGACAAAAGCCGAUGGAUUUAAAUUAAUGACCAAAGGACUUGGACUAAAAUUAAAUGAACUCUACGAAUCAAAUCGUUUACAUGGUAUUCUUGGUCUUGGUGGUUCAUGUGGUACAUCAAUCAUAUCUGAAGCUAUACAACAAUCGAAAAUUUUACCUAUUGGCUUACCGAAAUUGAUUGUAUCUACUAUUGCCGCUUCGAGUAACGCGCAUACUGCUGUUGGCUUAACUGAUGUUACUUUGAUGCAUUCAGUCACCGAUAUCGGUGGUGGAGUCAAUCGUAUUAAUAAGCCUAUCUUGGCUAAUGCUGCUGCAGCUAUAGCAGCUAUGGCUUCUCGUUACUACGAAUCGAUACGGCAAGAAAAGGAAGCAGCAGUAGCCGAUAAUGUUCCGCCUGUGAUUGCAUUGACAAUGUUUGGCGUUACAACACCAUGUGUGAUGGAAGCAAAGAAGAAAUUAGAAGAACUCGGUUAUGAGACUGUUGUGUUUCAUGCAACGGGUAUUGGUGGUCGAGCUAUGGAGCGUUUAAUUGAAUCUGGUUCGAUUAACGGCGUGUUGGAUAUCACAACAACAGAACUAGCUGAUGAACUUGUCGGUGGAAUACUCUCGGCUGGUCCAAAACGAUUGGAAAUAGCUGGACGAAAAAAUCUCCCUCAAGUUAUUUCACUUGGUGCACUUGACAUGGUUAAUUUUGGAGCUCGUCAUACAGUACCAGAAGAAUUUACAAAGACGAACCGUUUACUGUAUGAACAUAAUAGUCAAAUAACAUUGAUGAGAACAACAAAGGAUGAAUGCAGACAGUUGGGCGAGAUUAUCGCUAAGAAAUUAAAUCAACAUUCAGGAUCUGAUGUAGUGCGUGUUUUUGUUCCUCGAGCUGGCUUUUCUUUAAUAUCAGUAAAAGAUGGCCCUUUUUACGAUAAACAAGCGGAUGAAUGUCUUAUUGAAGCAUUACAUAAGCAUGCAGAUCCGAAAAAAGUGGAAAUUAUCGAGCGAGAUGAAACGAUCAAUGAACCAACAUUUGCACAUGCUAUGGUUCAAGCAUUGCAUGAUCGAAUGCAGUAUAAACCAACUGUUAAACACCAAACAGAAAUACCAGAAAAAAAGAGAAUAAAACCACGAAAUCGUCGUGAGUGUUUGAAUCAACUUCGAGCCGUUAUCGAAGAAGGUCGAGUUAUCAUUGGCUCCGGCGCAGGAAUUGGUUUAUCAGCGAAGUGUAUAGAAGAAGGUGGUGCCGAUCUACUAAUUAUAUACAAUUCAGGACGAUAUCGUAUGGCUGGAAGGGGCUCCUUAGCCGGCCUUCUCUCAUACAGUGAUGCUAAUGCUGUUGUUCUCGAAAUGGCUGGUGAAGUAUUACCGAUUAUUAAACAUACCCCGGUGCUUGCCGGCGUGUGUGGUACUGAUCCAUUUCGACUGAUGCCUCAAUUACUAAAACAAAUAAAAGAAGCUGGUUUUAUUGGAGUACAAAAUUUUCCCACGGUUGGUAUCAUUGAUGGAAUUUUUCGACAGAAUCUCGAAGAGACAGGCAUGGCUUAUGAACAAGAAGUGGAAAUGAUUCGACAAGCUCAUGCUAUUGGUCUAGUUACCGCUCCAUAUGUCUUCAACGAACAAGAAGCUCGUCAAAUGACAGAAGCUGGUGCUGAUAUUAUUGUUGCUCAUAUGGGUGUCACAACAAAAGGUGCAAUUGGUGCCAAGUCUGCCAUUACAUUAGAUGAAUGCGUUCAACGUAUUCAAGCUAUUCAUGAUGUUUCAGUUCAAAUCAAUCCUCAAGUUAUUGUUCUUUGCCAUGGUGGACCGUUAGCUGAACCUGACGAUGUUCAGUAUAUUCUUGCACGAACUCACGGUAUCAAGGGAUUCUUUGGGGCGUCAAGUAUGGAACGAUUGCCAACAGAAAUUGCCUUGGUUGAAAAUACGAAACGAUUUAAACAGCUACAAUUUUCAAAGACAAACUAA